AUGGCAAUAUCGCUAAAUAGAUGGCAGCAAAGUAGAUUAAAUUCCGAUUGGAUAUUGUGCUUAAAUAAAUUUUUGAAGUUCUACGUGAUUGUAAAUAUUAUGCAACAAAAUUUUGCGUAUAAAGCAUGUAUCUAAUGUUGGAAUAAAACGAAAAUAAAUGUUUAAAUUAUCCGACAUUCCUUAUUAAUAGAUCACUAAUUUACUAAACGCGCACAAAACUAUACGCGAUAGCGGAAGAAACAGCGGGAAUUUACUUUGUAUAUUAUUUUCUACGAGAUAUUAACAAUUUUGCAUAAUAAUUUAAACGUAAUUUGAAAAAAAAUUACCUCUUUUAUAUAUAUGUUUUGUUAUUUAUAAAUGAAAUAUUAUAGUGAGCUUGUCGAGUAAAACGUAAAAUAAAUUGCAAUAUUUGGCCUCCAGGGCUAUUAGUCGAAUUCAAAUCUAUCUUCCAGAUCAGUCGCCGACAUUACAGCAAUCAAAUUGACCUUAGUCAAUCCUGGAGAGUUCGAUAGGUUCUUCGAUCCUGCCAUUCGAGAACAGUUUCGCUAUAAAACAUAACGCUAAAAAUGGUAAGUCUUGAGAAAUAUAUUUAUUGUUGUGUACUGUAAAAAUAAUUUAAAAUAAUUGAAAAAUUUUAUUUAAUUAAUUCAUGUGUAACACAAUCGCUUAACCUACAUUUGACCUUGAACAAGUUUUCAGUUAUCAAUUGUUUGCAAUUUAUUAUUUAUUAAUUAUUGUAACACUAUACUAAGUAAAACCACCUGUAUGAAGGGAAUCAGAGUAUAGAAGUUAAAAAACACUUUGUAUUUUAAAAAUGAAAUAACAUCAUAUAAAAUUUAUAUUUUAAAAAAUGUUCAAGUUUUAUUCUUCUAACUAUCUUUAUGAUUAAUUUUUGAUUAUUGAUGAAUGAUUUACGUUUAAGUCAUUGAAUUUAUACUUUUUUUAAAUGUUUUAGAGUGAACCAAUAAAUGUGGUGGUUACGGGAGCUGCUGGACAAAUUGCCUAUUCUUUAUUGUACCAACUAGCUGCUGGAUCAGUUUUUGGUCCAAAUCAACCAAUUAAUCUUCGUUUGUUAGAUAUUCCUGUUAUGAUGACAGUACUAGAUGGAGUAAUUAUGGAAUUAGAAGACUUAGCUCUUCCACUUUUAAAAGAAAUUACUCCUACAGCUGAUCCAAAUGUAGCUUUCAAAGAUGUAGCUGCAGCCUUCCUUGUGGGAUCAAUGCCUCGAAAAGAAGGAAUGGAAAGAAAAGAUCUUUUAGCAGCUAAUGCAGAGAUUUUUAAAAUUCAAGGAAAAGCUCUAGAUCAACAUGCUCGAAAAGAUGUUAAAGUCUUAGUUGUUGGUAAUCCUGCUAAUACAAAUGCAUGGAUUUGUUCUCAUCAUGCACCUUCUAUACCAAAAGAAAAUUUUACUGCUAUGACUAGAUUGGAUCAAAAUCGUGCUCAAGCAGCUGUAGCAGCACGAUUGAAUGUAUCGGUUGAUAAAGUAAAAAAUGUUAUUAUCUGGGGUAAUCACAGUUCAACUCAAUAUCCUGAUGCUGCUCAUGCCACUGUGAAUUUUCAAGGUUCUACUAAGCCAGUGCCUUCAGUCGUAAAUGACGAUAACUGGUUGAAUACUACUUUUGUGGAGAAAAUUCAGAAACGUGGUGCAGCUGUGAUAUCCGCUAGAAAGAUGUCAUCUGCAAUGUCGGCUGCUAAAGCAGCUGGAGAUCACAUGAGGGAUUGGUGGAUAGGUACCAAACCAGGCGAAUGGGUUAGCAUGGGUGUGUUGUCUGAUGGCAGUUAUGGAAUUCCAAGAGAUAUCGUUUUUUCUUUUCCAGUUGCUAUAGAAAAUGGACAAUACAAAAUUGUUCAAGGACUUCCUAUCAAUGACUUUGCUAGAUCGAAGUUGAGUAUUACUUCCAAAGAAUUAGAGGAAGAACGUACAGAAGCAAACAAUGUGCUACAAAACAAGUGACUAGAAUCGGUAAAUCAUGAUGUUGAAAGUGGCUUGUCUGUUUCAGCAAAAUUGUAAAAAACAAAAUAAAAAUUUUGAUGAUAUGUGAAUUGUGAUAUGUAACAUACUAUGGUUACGAUCGUAUGGAAUUCAUAAUUUUAAGAUACAAUAUGUUAGUAUAUACUGGUGAUAUGAUACACGACGUAGGAUCCGAAAUAUCUAUAUAUCUUUUCUAACCAGUACAGGAAUUGUUAAAUAUAUGUUUAUAUUCAUAAACUGUAUAAAACAUGUAACAAAUUAUGUUGAAAAACAUAUUAUACUUUAUAAUGUUU